AUGGAUGACAUGUUCCAACUGUCUGAUACUGUUGACGACCUGAAACGCAAAUUGGACUUCGAGAGGAACCGAUCAGCAGUCUUGGAGGCAAGUCUUCGGGAGCCAAAUUACCAACUGUGGCGUGGAAUCUGCUACAAGGCUUUCAACACUCGUGAGCCCUUUAACGAAGCAGCUGCAGCCUGUCGCAAAGAUGGCGGCACCCUUGCCAUGCCCCGAGACGCUGAGACCAACGCCUUCCUGUCCUCCUUGUACACGACCGUUGGGGGGCGUUAUUUCUUCAUCGACCUACAAGAUCAACGUGAAGAAGGAAGAUUUGAGUGGGCCGAUGGUUCUGCACUAGGGAUGUACAAGUCGUGGGCUCCGGGUGAACCGGACGGUCGUGGUGAUUGUGUUGUGUCCGGCGCAAGCGGUUUCUGGGGUAAAGGCAAGUGGUUCAACUACGAAUGCGACUGGAGUUUCCUCUUUGCCUGCCAAGUCAUGCCAGGAAUCUAA